CGAUCGUCGAGUCGAGCAGAAGUCCCAAACCCCAGCCAUCGGGUCGUGAAUUUUCGUUGUGAAAGUCUCCAAAAUUAACACAAAAUAAGAUCAGUGAAUUAAUUUGCCAACAGAAUGUGGAGCUCAACGUUAAGCUUUGUGGCCCUGAUGGCCCUAAUGGCGAAUACGCGUGCCUUAGAACUGCUAACGGAACCGAAAACAGCUUUCGUGGUGGAAAAUGAUAAUAAUGUUAAUUUGCUGUGCAAAACUCCUGGAGGGCAGCCGAUAGAUUUUUGCGUGGUGAGCAUCCCCGGAGUUAAGGCGCCAUUUGCGGCAAGUGAUCGACUGCCAAGUCCAGUCGAUGGAAUCACGUUCUUUGGUGACGGUUGGGAAAAGGGAUCCUGUGGAGUUACUUUGGCCACGGUUAAGAAAGAAAAUGAAGGAUCCUUCGAGUGUUCGGUGUCGAUUAAAGGGGAGCUGGUUAAGGGCAAAAUUGAUAUCAGUUUCCAGCCAGUUCCUCCGGAGCCCCCAGUCAUCGAAGUGUCUAGCAACGUGGAUGACAGUAAUGGCGAAUUCGAUUUCGGAAAGCCGCUGACUGCUAGGUGUAUUUCACGCAAUGGUUGGCCAGCAGCAAAAUUGUCCUGGUAUCUGGAGAGCAGCCCAAUCACAAACGAAAUCGGUGCUCCAUUCUACGAAACUGCCAAUCGAAGGACAACGGUUCAGCAAUUUUUCCGGAAACCUGUUACAGUGGAGGAUAAUCGAAAGCGAUUGAUCUGCCGAGCUGAACACGUGGCCUAUCCAGGUGGUUACAUGGAAACCGCGCUGCCGAUCAAACUCAGGAAAAAUAACAACAAUGUCCUGUCUAAGAGUGAUGACUCUAAGGAUAGUCCUAUUCAGCCCUUGAACCCACAACUGCUUGUUUCCAGUGAUAUUAAAACGCAAAAUGGCGCAUUCAAAGUUGGAUCGGAUAUGGUGGUAGAAUGUGUGUCUGAAUACGGACGUCCAGCUGCCAGUUUCCUGUGGUUUUUGGAUGAUACACUGAUCUACGAGGGUCUAUCGGCGCCAUUCCUAACGAAAAUUCCCCCGGGAGCGAUCAGCGUUCAGCAGGUUCUCAAACGGAAGGUACAGGCCAGUGACAACGGAAAGACUUUGAUCUGCAAGGCCCGACAUCCCACCGGAACUACCGAAACGAGGAUGAAGAUUUCAACCUUUUAAA